AUGGGAAGGCUUAUCAAGAACCACUGGGCGAGGCUCAUUGUCCUCUCGGCAGCAAUGUACCAGAUCGCUGCCGCGGUAGAAGGAUACUUCUGGCCCAAGAUAUUUUGGGAUUUCGUCACCAAGACGCUCGAUCCGGCCGUCAAACCGAUACCAGUACUCCAGACCAUUAAUCUAGUCUUUGGCAUCAUCCUCCUCGCAUGGGAGUGGCCGUUGGGCUUCCUCGCCGGCUCCAGCUUCCAUCGCAGUCUCGAAGCGCGCCUCGCUUUCCUGCCGCUGACCGCUCUGGCCGCCGCACUGAUGUACCAGGGCACGAAUGCCGCCAUUUAUCAGGUCAUUGGGUUGGGGGUCUACUUUUGGGCGUACAGCGAAGGAGAGAUGAUUUGCGCAAAGCCGUGGACUCUACCACAACGGACCCCGCGUGGCCGUGUCUAG